CCCACCACGCAUCCACUCCUUACUUGUCACUCGAAAGUCGAAACCCCGUCCAGAUUCUUUCGGAGAGACGCAAGUGGGAGGGAGAGAGGCAGCCAUGGCGGCGGCGGUGGUGAGGUACGGCAUAGUUGGGGUGGGGAUGAUGGGUAGAGAGCACCUCCAAAACCUCGCCCACCUCGCCGGAGAAGUCGAGCGGGAGCAGUCCGUCCGCGUCCGGGUCACCUGCCUCGCGGACCCCCACCCGGAGUCCCUCCUCCUCGGCCUCCGCCUCGCCGCCGAGCUUGGCCUCCCAGCUCCGCAGACAUUUUCAGGUCACCGCGAGUUGUUGGACAGCGGGCUAUGUGACGCCGUUGUUGUGUCGUCGCCAAACAUGACACACUGUGAAAUACUCAUGGAUAUCAUUGGUUGCGCCAGGCCACACCAUGUUCUUGUUGAGAAGCCUUUGUGCACCACGGUACAGGACUGUAAGAAGGUCAUAGAAGCUGCUAAACAGAGACCGGACAUACUUGUGCAAGUUGGAUUAGAGUACAGGUAUAUGCCUCCGGUGGCUAAGCUGAUAGAUAUUGUUAAAAGUGGUACACUAGGGCAUGUCAGAAUGGUGGCUAUCCGUGAGCACCGAUUUCCUUUCCUUGUUAAGGUGAACAACUGGAAUAGGUUUAAUUGCAACAGUGGGGGGACUCUGGUUGAGAAGUGCUGCCACUUUUUUGAUUUGUUGAGAUUGUUUGCAGAUGCGAACCCUAUUCGUGUGAUGGCCUCUGGAGCUAUUGAUGUUAACCACAAAGAUGAGAUUUAUGAUGGAAAGGGUGAGGCUUUUGUUCCACAGAGCAUUGUGAGGGUUGGGAAACGAGCAGGAGGCAGAGAUGGAGUGGAAACGGUAAAGGCUGAAGAUGACCGAAUCAAGUACCAGGGGCUCCACCAUGGAUCUAGCUACUUGGAGCAUCUCAAUUUCUUUUUUGCCAUCAGAGGUCAAGGUGCCUGUUGCCCAACUAUCAGCUUGGAUGACGGUUUACUAUCUGUUGCGAUCGGCGUGGCUGGACAGUUGUCGAUUGAGAAAGGCCGCUUUGUCACCAUUGAUGAGGUGCUAUGAAGCUGAUAGUCAGCUCUUUGUCGAUGCACUGUAUAUUUUACACUGCUAGCUCUACUCAACGAACGCUGCAACAGUUGUGUACAUCUGUAAUAGCAGAAGCUUUUUUUCCUCAACAAGCACGCAUGGGGUAAUUGCUUGUAUUGUGCAGUAUGUAGACUGUUACGUAAGGCAUAAAUGGAUUGAAUGAAAUCUAAUCUUGUUC